GCUCAGCCGUUGCGGAGCGGAGCCGCUUGGGGCGGCACGGCCGGAGAUUGUUCGCCGAAGGCCCCCAAGGCAUUUCCACCGAGAGUGAGCUGGAGAUGGUGGACCAUCUUGCAAACACCGAGAUCAACAGCCAGCGCAUUGCUGCUGUGGAAAACUGCUUUGGGGCUUCUGGACAGCCUUUAGCUGUGCCAGGAAGGGUCCUCCUAGGAGAAGGGAUUUUAACCAAAGAAUGCCGCAAGAAACCAAAACCUCGGAUAUUCUUCCUCUUCAAUGACAUCCUUGUCUAUGGCAGCAUAGUCAUCAACAAAAGGAAGUACAAUUCCCAGCACAUCAUUCCGCUUGAAGAUGUCACUUUGGAGACGCUGCCAGACACUCUACAGAUGAAGAACCGCUGGAUGAUUAAAACCUCCAAGAAGUCCUUUGUGGUUUCCGCAGCCUCCCUGACGGAGAGGAAGGAGUGGAUCAGCCAUCUGGAGGAGUGUAUCAGGCACCUGCUGACAAAGACAGGCCGACAGCCCUCCACAGAGCACGCGGCUCCCUGGAUUCCGGACAAGGCGACAGAUAUCUGCAUGCGCUGCACGCAGACCAAAUUCUCCACACUCACACGAAGGCACCACUGCCGCAAGUGUGGCUUUGUCGUCUGUGCAGACUGCUCCAGGCAGAGGUUCCUGAUGCCCCGGCUGUCCCCCAAGCCCCUGAGGGUUUGCAGCCUGUGCUACAAGCAGCUGCUGGCAGAAAAGAAGAAGGAGGCGGAGGUAGACUGCAGGCAGCAGGACCCGAUCUGCUCUGCCAUUCCAGGCUAUGAACCCUCCAGUGGUGAUGACAGCGACAAGUCUGAUGAUGACAAAGCUGACCAGUGGCCAGCAGACACCGAGUUCUAUACCUCAGAAGUAUCUUGGUCAUCUUUCCAUAGCUGACCUCCUAGGGAGUCAGUGGCAUUUAGGCAUUGUGAAGCCAACUUUUGGCCUCCGAUGCACAUCUUUCUUGAUGUUUUCCCUGGAAGCUGUACCUAGGACAGUGGAUCUUAGCCCCUGCAGUGUCUGUGUGGGGAGCAGAGUUGGGAUUACCCCUCUGAGAAUGUGUCUCAUAUGACACGAAUGAAGAGAGCAGCAGCUCACUGAAGAGCACACACUGGGCAGAGACCUGCAGAUCAGGCUUGGCCAAGUGAGCUCAGCCUUUGGUGCCUUAGUCUUCCUGUCUGUAGAGACAGAGCAACACUGACUUCUUUUCUUAAAUGCUUUGAGCUUGGCUCUUGGGAGAGAAAGGAGCAAGAAAUCAUAGAGUUAAACACUUACCUGCUAGUGGUGUGUUGCUCUAUCAUGGCAAGGAGUGUUCCAACUGCUGUUCACCAUGAGCAUUGCAUGUACAUCAGAGAUGCUCAGUGCAAGCCUGCCAUCCUGAGGGGAUAGCUACUCAUCAUGGUAAGGUCGCACAGGCUUCCAUUUCUACAAAUGGGUCUCUCAACUUGGAAACACUAAGAGAAUAGUGCUCCAAAUGCAGGGAGCUCGUGAAAGGCUCAGUGUGAGCAGCCUUAGUAAAGCACUGGAGCAUCCAGCAAUCUCACAUGGAAGGAGGCCAUUUUGAUGGUACCAGACCAGGAGGGAGAAAGGAAAGGGGAAGCGGACAGGUAAAAUUAUGCAGAGGAGUGAGAUGAGGAGGGGAGAGACUUACUGCAGUUGACUCAACUAAGUGCAGAGCCUUAGAUCUCAAAAAUGGGCUGUUAAUCUACAAUUACCAGCAACCUAAUGAAGUCAAGCCUAUCAGGUUAAAGGGUAGCGCAAGACUUGUUAAAUCUUGAAAAAUCCAGGAAAAUGCCCCAAAUUAAGAUCCUGUGAAGUACUGCACUUCCACUUCCCUCCUGAGCAGGAGCCCAAGGCAUUGCAUGAGACUCACCUGUGGGCUCACCUAAUGUCUAUCAGUCUCACAAAUGCAAAGUUAAGAUCCUUUAUGUAGUUCCAGGAUUGGAGCCCAAGACUUUACAGUUCACUUGAAUUCAACUUUAAAGUUCAAAUUAAGUUAGAAAUAAACCAUGUUUAUUCAGGUAUUUUAUUAUGCUAUAGUGUGGAAGUAAAACAAAUCAGACAAUA